UUUUUUUAAUUCCACUGAUUUACAACUACUGCAUUACAAUGAAACAAUUUUUAGUUUUAUGUAUUUUAAUUGCAUUUUAUAUGAUUCCUGAUAUAAGUGAAGCCAAUAACUAUGAAUUGGAGUCACGAAUCAAUUCUUUACGAGAGAAUAGUUUCAGUGAAUUGUAUGAGAAGUAUAUCAGAAGGAAAAGAGACACCAAUUGUGGUGACAGUGAUGACGAUGAAGACACGGACCAUAAGAAGAAGUGCAAUGGCAAGAAAGGUGGCGGGGGUGGGGGUCAUACCAAUAACAUAUCGUUUAAUGUGAAUGUCAAAAAUCAUUGAUUCAAAACAGUACCUAACUUUGUCAGCAAUAUAAAAGUUUUAAAAUACUUUAAAAGUACAAAAUAAAGAUAUUUGUCCACAAAAUUGUAUUUAACAAUAUAUGGUAGAUAUAGUAUACGAGUGAAAAUCAAUGCUAUUUAAGCCA